AUGUACAAGGUACUGAAGCUGAUUUUCCUGGACCGACUUAUUAAACAUCGUGAAGAAACAACGCGCGACAGCAAGUUGGCUUUCGUCGUGGCCGAUCUACGAUUGACCAGGUACCUUUUCGACUCUCCUGAUCGAGGCCGUCUUCUCAACCCGCUUCGCCACGAGGGAGUCCCAGGAAAGUUCGUUCGCUUGCUUGAUAACAUGAAUCAACGAACAACUGCUGCAGUUCGAACAACCGCCCGGAUAUACAACACCAUUCGAGGUGGAAACUGGAGUAAGACAAGGAACAAUGGCAAGGUCCUUAAUGUUCAAUUUCGCUAUCGACGACAACAUGUGAAGGACAGUCGAUCACUGAACAUCAUAAAGAAGUGUCCUGCUGAUAUCGUCUUAGCACCAUCAAGUUGCCUCUUGACUGAUCUCGAGUACGCCGACGAUGUUAUUAUAUUCACGAAAAGCACUACGAAACUUCAACAUGUUCUCAGUCUUGUAUCGAAAUUGGCUGCAGCCUAUGGAUUACGUGUACGCCCUGGUAAAUGCAAGCAGAUGUGGAUCUCUACGAGACGUCAAGCGGGAAUCAGGGUGGACGGACAACCGAUAGAACUCGUCGAUAAAUUCUGUUACCUGGCUGUAUACUGA